UUGUCGCUAGCACCCGGAAGACGAAGACAGGAUGCGAGUUUUUCCAGCGCCUGACGCCGCAUCCAUAUGCUCGCCCCUUAAACACGUUUUCAUGUGAAUUUCGGUGGGGUUUUUUUUACGCUCUUUUCAUUCUGCACGAUGUUAUCGUUUGAUUUCCUCGACGACGUGCGUCGCAUGAACAAGCGGCAGCUCUAUUACCAAGUGCUGAACUUUGGCAUGAUCGUUUCCUCUGCUCUGAUGAUCUGGAAGGGUCUGAUGGUGGUCACCGGCAGCGAAAGUCCCAUUGUUGUCGUUCUCAGUGGCAGUAUGGAGCCAGCUUUCCACAGAGGAGACCUUCUCUUCCUCACCAACCGCGUGGAGGACCCCAUCCGGGUGGGCGAGAUCGUGGUCUUCAGGAUAGAAGGCCGGGAGAUCCCAAUAGUACACAGAGUCUUAAAGAUUCAUGAAAAGGAAAACGGAGACAUUAAGUUCUUGACCAAAGGGGACAAUAACGCUGUGGAUGACCGAGGUCUAUACAAGCAAGGUCAACACUGGUUGGAGAAAAAGGAUGUCGUGGGACGAGCGCGGGGGUUCGUGCCAUACAUUGGAAUCGUCACCAUCCUCAUGAACGACUACCCCAAGUUCAAAUAUGCCGUUCUCUUCAUGCUGGGUCUCUUCGUGUUGAUCCACCGGGAGUGAAAUCUGCGUCCACGAAUGAGAAAAAAAACAACAAAAAAAUGAGUCAUGAUGCCUCCAGCGCAGCAAAUGUGUUCCUUUCUGUCCAUCUUUUCGUUUUGUACCAUUUGUUGGAGCAUUUUGUAGAAAUGGGAAUAGCUUUAAAAUAUUUUUGUGAGGGAACAAGGCUAUUAUUAAUUAUUAUUUUCAAGCGGAGCAUUCUUAAAUAAUUUAAGUUUAAGCACUGUUUUUUUUUCUUGUCUACUUACUGUCUUUGGGGAAAAAAAACAGAUGUGAAGUAUUUUAUGACAACUUAAUAUGAACAUUAAUUAAAUAUGGAAUCUGGUUACCA